AAAAAUUUUCACGCAAAAACCCAUUUUCCCCAGCAAUGGACGAUCCUUUUUAUACAUAAUGAUCCAACGGCUAAAAGUUAAAAGAAAGAAACUUUUCUCUUUCAUUUAAACUCCAAAAAAGCAGUUUUUGAAACCCCAAAUCAGGUGCCACUUUUUCUUCUCUUUGGCGGCGAAACAACAAUCAAUCGUCAAUGUUUCAGUCUCUAAGACCUUAACAAGAAAAUUGCAGAGGAAGAUCCAAUUUUGAGUUUAAUGUUUCACCUCCUGUGGGUCUUCAAUUCUAAGAAUCUCAGAAUAAAAUUCUUCCCUCAAACACUUAAAUGGGUUUCCACUUCAGCCACCAAAGCCCCUCCUUCAGAAGACCCACAGCACUUCAUUCGUAUUUUCUUCAAUGCAAGACAAAAUCAGAACCACUACGAAUGCGAGCUUGCACUUGUUUCCGCUCUCAAGUGUUGUUCCUCAUCCUCCGCCGCUCCUUUGGGCCGCCAAUUCCAUUCCUUGGUCGUCAAACUCGGAUUCCAUUCCAACACCUUCAUUCGUAACAGCUUGAUCAGCAUGUACUCUAAAUGCGGCUCCUUGUUCGAUGCCCAGUUGCUCUUUAAGGCUUGUCCUACGUUGGACCCUGUUUCUUGUAAUAUCAUGGUGUCUGGGUACAUGAGAGCUAGCCAAAUUGGCUGUGCCCGCCAACUGUUUGACGUAAUGCCUGGUAAAGGUUUUGUAUCCUAUACCACCAUGAUAAUGGGUCUUGUUAAAAAUGGUUGCUUUGGGGAUGCCCUUGAGGUUUUUAAGGACAUGAUGGAUCACAGUGUGGUCCCUAAUGAGGUCACUUUGGUGAAUGUAGUGUCUGCUUGCUUACAUUUUGGUGAGAUAUGGAACUGCCGGAUGGUUCACGCAUUGAUUAUUAAGUUGGUUGUUGAGGGGCAGGUAGUUGUCUCGACUAAUUUGAUGCAUGCUUAUUGUGGUUGUUUGGGUUUAGGGGAAGCGAGGAGGCUGUUUGAUGAGAUGCCUGAGCCUAAUUUGGUGUCCUGGAAUGUGAUUUUGAAUGGGUAUUCAAAGGCGGGGCAUCUUGAGAUGACCAAGGAGUUGUUUGAGAGGAUUCCUGAUAAGGAUGUUGUUUCUUGGGGGACGAUGAUCGAUUGUUGCAUCCAAACAACUUGUUUGCAUGAAGCUUUGGUGAUGUAUCGUGCAAUGCUUCAGAAUGGAAUAGGGCCUAAUGAAGUCAUGGUUGUGAAUUUGGUUUCAGCAUGUGGUCGUGAGACAGCAGUCAACGAAGGUCGGCAAUUGCAUGGAACAGUUGUUAAGAAAGGAUUUGACUGUUACAAUUUCAUACAGACUACGAUCAUCUAUUUUUAUUCAUCUUGUGGGAUGAUGGACCUUGCCAAUUUACAAUUUGAAGUGGGUGUAAAGGAUCACCUAAAAUCAUGGAAUGCUCUUAUUGCUGGAUUCAUAAAAAAUAAAAUGAUGGAGCAGGCAAGGCAAAUCUUUGAAGAGUUGCCCGAAAGAGACGUAUUUUCGUGGAGUACAAUGAUUGCUGGCUAUGCACAAACUGAACAACCAAGAAUGGCUCUUGAUCUAUUCCACAAAAUGAUAGCUAGUGGGGUCAAACCAAAUGAAGUUACCAUGGUGGGUGUAUUUUCCGCAAUUGCCACUCUAGGUGCAUUGAAUGAAGGAAGAUGGGCCCAUGAGUACACUACUAGUCAAUGCAUUCCUUUGAAUGACAAUUUAUGUGCAGCCAUGAUUGAUAUGUAUGCAAAAUGUGGGAGCAUCAACACCGCCUUACGAUUUUUCAAUCAGAUUCGAGACAUUGUGUCUUCCGUGUCUGCAUGGAAUGCAAUUAUAUGUGGAUUAGCAUCACACGGACAUGCAAGUAUGUGCCUAGAGGUUUUUUCUGAUUUGCAUAGGUAUGGUAUUAAGCCCAAUCCAAUUACAUUUAUAGGAGUCCUUAGUGCUUGUUGUCAUGCUGGGCUAGUGGAUCAUGGUCACGGAAAUGUAGAUAUUGGAGAGAGGGCUGCACAGAGCUUAGCCGGGGUGGCACCAUCUCAUGGUGGAGGUAAAGUUCUCCUAUCGAACAUAUACGCAGAUGCAGGAAGGUGGGAAGAUGUAUCAUUGGUAAGAAGAGUAUUGUGGAGUCAGAGAAUGGAAAGAAUGCCUGGGUUCAGUGGUGUUGUAAGAUAGUUAAAGAAAUUUCCAUACACAUUGUUUUUGCUAAUUUAUCCAAUGAAUAUGCUGAACAUUUCAGUAGGUUUUCCUUUUAGGAAUCAUCACUGAGUUGUUUUUAUAUAUUGUCUAGAGCUCCUUAAUAAUUUUGAUUCAAGUAUAUAUUUAUAUAUGAGCAUCAAAAUAAUGUUUUCUUUCCUUCAA